AUGGUGUCCAAGUUUAUUGAUCUCACUGAUCUCUGCACGUCAGAUGAAUCAGAUGAGGGCCCACCAGCUCAACGAUCACAGAAACGUCAGGGCUCUUACUCGGCCUCGCACUCAGGCCUGCGCAUUCAAGGGCCCAUAAGCCCGCCGGCGUUGAGUCGGCAGGCGCUAUCAAAUGCGCAAGGAAGAGAAAAUGUUCCAAUGGCUUCCAACUUACCUCAAGCGAAGAGCAAUCCUCACUCUGAGCAGAAGGUCAAAGAAGAAGCUACAUUGGCCUCUACGAACUUCCAUCCUGGGAUCGCUGUUAGAGAAUCUCACGGCGUCGCUUCUGCUGAAAGUUUCGGCAAUCCUUAUGGUACGCCCGCGCAGCAGACGCCUCGGAAAAUCGACUGGACGGUGGAGAAGAUUGAAGUCGCCUUGCGCAACUUCUCACAUGAUAUAGGUCACGAUGCCGCCAAAGUUACUACUCGUCUUCUCCAAUCUACCUGGAAAACGAUGGCCCCAACGCCUCUGACAUAUUCCAAGAAGAACUGGUUCGUUGGCAUGAAGCGGACACCAGUCGAAGCCGGUAACGGUGCCCUCAAGCUGAAGGUCAAGCACAUGGGUCCAGGUCGUACCGGCAAGCAAGCGAUACGUGACUAUUAUGAGGUGAAAGGCAUCAAAACCGACAAAGAGCCAGUGCCGAAAUAUGAUUUUCAUCAUAUUGAGAUUCGCAAGAAUAUACUUUCACCCAACACAAUCCUAAAUUUUGUGCCACACCUGCGGGACUUAGCAGACGAGGAAGAGUCAAAGUAUCGAAGAUGGCUUGAGAACCUGGAGAACAUGGAUAAAACUUCUGGCUUUGCCACACUUAGCAGGAAGGAGAAAGUGCACAAAACUUGCCAGAAAGAGCGGGCCCUUACCUUGCUCCUCUACCUGGAUAGCUGGCUCAAGAAGCUCUCAAUCCAAAAUUGUUCGAAGACUACGCUCAUCCGUUAUAUGGCAAGUCAAACAGAUGCUGUCACGCCUCAACAGAUGUCCAGCAUUCUCAGCUCAUACAACAACGAUAAUGACUCGCCCUGGUCAGCAAAAACCGUCAAGAUCUUCACAGAAGCAUUCGAUCGGGUAUUUGACAAUAGCGAUAUCUGGAAAGAAGGAGCAGUGACACUCCGUGAUGUCCUGCUCCUCGAUAAGUCUAUUGAUACAAUUGUUGAUUCCAAGAAAUGGAUCAAAGAUACUCCAAACCAAGUCAAACCCAUCGAGGAAAACACUACGUUAGAAACGUUUCUCGAGACAUAUUCGCUUCUAGGCUGUCUCAUAUGUUUCAGCCACUCGUGCGAACAUGGAGAGUACGGAACCGACAAUGAACGCAAGAGAUUCUCUAUUGAUGUUGUGGGUGGGCUUAAGCCCCUUGUCUGCAAGAAGGCCAUGCAGGCUUCCAAGGUCAACUCAUCGAGGUCACAAUCAUCAAGUAACGACCCAUGGGAAUACGAAGACUCUCGCAAGCCCUGCAGCGACGAGUGCUUUCUGAGAGUUCGACCCAACACACCAGUUAAAAGCUGGAGCGAAACAGAGAUAAUGCUGUUGAAGACAGCUGUCUUCUUCUUCUGCGACCAAGAUGAGCCGAUCCAGUGCUCAACUGCGGUAGCUACUGGUAGACCCUGUUGGGACGUCGACCGCCAGUUUCACAGAUUGGGUUUGCAAUUACCUCAGCAGCCUCUCCGGUCACAGGAACCCGAUGAGGUUAAGUCAGUCCACUGGUAUGACCGAUUCAAGAAGGUACUGCAUGCAGAUUGGCAAGAACAGACCAUUACACAUGCACAUCAGUUAAAGGACCACUUUGAUCCCUGUAGCCACGACGGGCCAUGCACAAAAGACAAUUGUGAAUGUGCUAGGAACGGCCUCAUGUGCGAGCGGUUUUGCCGCUGUACAGUUGAUACAUGCGCUAUCAAGUUCACGGGAUGCGCUUGUCACUCACAAGGCAGAACGUGCCUACCCCGACAGAAGGGAGAAAAGCCCUGCAUAUGCAUACAACUCAACCGGGAGUGCGAUCCUGCGCUGUGUGGAAGUUGUGGAGCCACAGACCGAGCAAACCCAAAGAAUGCAGAGGAUGACCAGCUAUUCAAACAUGGUUGCCAGAAUUGCGCUUUACAACGAGGAAAGUCGAAGUCACUGCUCCUGGGCAAAUCCACUAUUGAAGGCUGUGGCUACGGUCUUUUUACAGCAGAGAAUAUUGCUCAAGAUGACUUCGUGAUCGAAUACGUUGGAGAGCUAAUCACGCAAGAUGAAGGAGUUCGGCGUGAGGCCCGCCGGGGAGACGUUUUUGACGAAGAGCACAACUCGUCUUACCUCUUCACCCUACUCGAGCAAGAGGGUAUAUGGGUCGACGCUGCGAUUUACGGCAACCUAAGCAGAUAUAUAAAUCACCAAGACGAUUUUGGGAAGGGUCAGGGUUGCAACAUAACCCCUAAGAUCAUGUACGUUGGUAGCGAAUAUCGCAUCAAAUUCAGUGCUCUGCGAGACAUCAACGCUGGGGAAGAACUUUUUUUCAAUUACGGUUCCGAAUUCCCAAAUUUGACCAAGAAGUUACUCGAAGAACAAGAAGAACAAACAGCAGUCGAGACAAACGCCAAGAAGCAAGGCAAAGCUCGAAAAGGCUGGGACGAGGAAGAAGUGGUGGAUAACACUAAGAAACCCAAAGGCAAGAAGCGCGGCCGUAAGCCUAAAAAGAAAUCGUUCGCCGCCAGGCUGGAGUCGGACCAGGAGGCUGAAGACGGCAAUGAAGCUUUAUCUGACGAGGACCUCGGACCCCGGAAGCGAAAGCCUAAGCUUGAAGGUUCCGAGUCUGGUCGUGAAAAAUACCGUAAGAGAAAUAUCAAGUCGAACCUGCGAUCGGGUACUGGCCGCAGCAGGUUCUACGGGCGACAAGGCCUGGGUAGAAACAACCCAGCACAACAAGGAGAUGAUGUUGAUAUGCCUGAUGCUGAGACUCCCAGGAGCCAAGGCAAAAGAUCGAAGAAGAUGGCCGAAGACGACGAAGAUGAGGACGAAAUCGACGAGAAUCUUGACGCGGAAUACAAUGGAGGAGGCCUAGGCAAUGGCGCGGGACACCGAGGUGGUGACACUAUACAUCGUCGUGCCGUAGUCGAAGAAACCGAAGAUUCUGCAGCUGAGGAGGACACACCGUCUCGUGUACGAACACGCAAGAGGGGCCAUGACAUUCGAGAUUUGAAUCCUUCACUCACGCGUGAGGAUCUGGCAUUUGAUCAGAUGGGCCAUGAUCGACUCAAAAGUGAAGCCACGGCCAAGCUUCCCGUCGCUCAGAAAAAGAAGCGCGGUAGACCUAGAAAGGUACAGCCUGUCGACGAAAUUGCGGAAACGGAUGACAACGCAGACGAGAACAGCACUGGUGCAACCAGUAUGGAUAACAAACUAUCACAGUCAAUUAUUAAUGAUAGUGAUGCCAGCAGCAACGCUGGUGGGAAUCGUAAUCGCGUUAGGAAGCGACCGGCAAGAUAUGAUGAGUAG